AUGUCCGCCCAGUCCAAAGGGACCGCAUCCUCCUCCUCCUCGCCGUCCGAGGGGCCGCCGGCAGCCUCCAAAGCCAAGGUGAAGGAGCAGAUCAAGAUCAUCGUGGAGGAUUUGGAAUUAGUCCUGGGGGACCUGAAAGAUGUCGCUAAGGAACUUAAGGAGGUGGUUGACCAGAUUGACACACUGACAUGUGAUCUGCAGCUGGAGGAUGAGAUGACAGACAGUUCCAAAACAGACACACUGAACAGCAGCUCCAGCAGCACAACAGCCUCCAGCUUGGAGAAAGUCAAGGUGCGUGGCAACGUGUCCCUCAUCAAGCCCCCCGCGCACCCCUCUGCCAUCCUCACCGUGCUGCGGAAGCCGAACCCACCCCCUCCUCCCCCUCGACUGACACCUGUCAAAUGUGAUGAGCCUCCCAGGCUGCCUCCUUUGGCCAACCCUGUCAAGACCAAUGGCACCCUGCUGCGAAAUGGGGGCUUGCCUGUCGGGCCCGGCCGCAUCCCCAACGGAGACAUGUGCUGUAUUCCGAACAGUAACUUGGAGAAAGUGGUGAUGCAGCCUCUGGUGCACAGACCUGAGAAGGAGCGGUGCGCUCAGCCGGGAGCGAGGGAGCGGGUACGGUUCAGUGAAAAAGUGCAGUACCACGGCUACUGCCCCGACUGUGACGUUCGGUAUAACAUUAAAAACAGGGAGGUGCACUUGCACAGCGAGCCGGCCCGGGUUGCAGGGAAGCUGCCACACCAGUGCCCUCCUCUGCCACCUCCUCCACCUCCGCUGCCUCCGUUCCUUCUGGAAAAUGGAGGGUUGGGGAUAAGUCCCAGUAAUAGCUUUCCUCCUCCGAGACCUGCAACUGUGCCUCCACAAACUGCGCCAAAACCCCAGAAGACCAUCUUGAGGAAGUCAACCACUACAACAGUGUGAACACCUUCAGGCUUGAAGGAAUACCUAUACUUGGAGGCACAUCAAUUAAUUUGCAUAUCAGAUUCAUCAUUGUG